AGAAGAAGGAACUGGAUUUUAUUUGGAGCAGUUCCUUAUUUGAAUAAAUGUUUACUGAAGUGAGUAAGCAGAGGCAUUUCCAUCUAAAACUUGGAGAGUAGACAGGAGAAGGGGAAGUUCAGAGAGGCAGGAGGCUACAUUUUCAGGAGUCAAUUUUAAACUCUGUGCCUGUGCAUUACAGACAAAACAGUAUAGGAGUUCUAGGUACAAUGUACCGUUCUUCUUCUAGGGUCAUUAUCCAUCUCUGCAUCUCAACAUCUAGUACAGUCACAGAAACACUUGUACUGAAAAAUUGUUCCUGUGUGACUCUGGACUUCUCCAGAGACAGUUUAUUGAUCGAGGUAAAACAGAGGACCAAGUUAAAAAUGUGACAACAUAGUGGGAAAUCUUGUUACAAAAAGAAGGUACUAAAAGAAGGUUAGGUGACAUAACAGUUUCCCUGAGCUCAGGUUCUCUUUCCACUGGACCCAGCCAUUGGUGGUGUGAUCCACCACUCAACCUCUAUUAUCCUCACUCAGCUUCCUCUUUCAAAAAUGAGGAUCUUAAAUCUCUACCCUUUCCCCCCUCACUUGAAAAAAAAAAAUCUUUGAUUCCUCAUAUUAAAAAACAUUUCUCCAAAAUACUUUCAUUUAAACUCCUUUUAUUUAAAUGAAUAUCAGUUGAAUUAACCCCCUCAUAAAUAUUUCUUUUGAAUCAUUCUUUUCUAGGAUUUUAUGAUGGACUCAGUCUUGAAAAUCUCUAAGAGGGGGAGAAAAGAGAGAAACUGUUAAAGAACAUCUCAUAUGAGCCAAAUUUUUCAUAUUUAUUUCAUUCUCAAGCCUUAUGAAAUGGAAAUUUUCUCCACUUUUAAAUGUAAGAACACAGGCCAUAUAGCAUGCUGCAGGCCAGGUAAGGGCUGGGAAGCUCCAGGCUCCCCUCCCAGGUUUGAUUUAAAAAUCCAUGUUCUUUCUAGUACUAGGUUGGUGCCGGCAUUCUGUAAAAAAGGUAGGUAUUCCAUUUAACAGAUGGAAAGACUGAGUUACUGAGAACCAGGGACUUCCUAGGUUUCAUAGUAAUCAGCAUUUCUGGUGCCAGGAAGAAACUCAAAUAUUUUGGAGUAGAGUGUAAGUUCACAUCACAGGGUGUAGGAAAAUAUUUUUUUGUAUGAUAACUUUGAUGCCAGCAUUGAAUUUUCAGGGUUUUAAAAUGAUGAAAUUUGAGAGAGCUGAGCUUGUUGUAUUUAUAUUUUUUAAAGGCAUUAUGUUGUUUUAAUUCUUAAUUGUUCUCUAACUGGGAUAAAUUUGUAGAAUAAACUGAUAGACUCUGACUCUGCUUAGCUUUAGUUUUCAACUCAAAUAAGGGAGUGAAGUGCAGCAUUGCUAUAAUUAUGGUCUCUAAAUGUGUAAGGUUCCAGAUAUACUCUAUUAUUUCACAGCAUGUGCAAAGCUGAAAUAAACACUGGGCUUUCCAAAAAUCACACUUACAAAACAACUAGUUGUAAGCUACCUUUGUUCUGCUUGUAGAACUUGUCUCAGGAUAUGCUAACUGAUUUCUUAUGUUAUACAAAGAGCCUUUAAAAAAAAAAGAGUUUACUUUGUCACAGUUGAAAAAAUACAAAAGUCACAUAAAGGUAUAUUUUAGCUAACUGCAAAAAAAAAAAAAAAAGAAAAAAGAAAUUCUAGUACUUCAGUUGUUUACCAGAGACUAUUUCAAAAUGAACAUAUUUUAUGUGUAAGAAAUUGAUAAAAUUCUUUAUUUUUUCCAAACCAUGUAUCCUAGCCUCCCUAGCUCCCCAACUCCUGCCUUACACAUACAUAGUAUCUAGAACAUGAUAGGACUUGAUCUUGAACUUUAUUUCUUCUUAUAAAAGUAAUUUUCCUAUCUGAAAAUAAUUUGUAAUGCUGUACAGCACUGUACUUCCUCAUGCUUUAGGAAAGAAUUUUUUUCCUCUGAAUGUUCCUUGUGUUGGUUUUUUCAUCCUGCCUGUGUUGGCUUUAAGCCUUCUGUUCCUUUCAGUGCAUUUGGUCUGGUGCCAAACGAGAGUCAGCACUUAGCCCAAAAGUAUCAUUUUCCAGCACACAGAAUCAGAAGGAAAACCCCGCCUCUUACACCCACUACUAAUUACCAUACCACAAAACUGACUAGUUGCAUCACUGGCCCAUCACUUGUGAAUAUCUGCUUUCCAGAGCUCUCAUUCCUGCAGAGAAUGAGUUUGAGCCACAUGGAAGACAUGCCUUUAAGCCAUUCAGGCCCUCAAGGAACACACAGACCAUCCUGGAAGCAAUGGUUCCUCUACUCAGCCAUAGUUAUUUUGCUGUUUCUCUGCUCCUUCAGUACACUAAUUCUUACUUUUCUUCCACUCAAGACUGCCAGUGAGCCCUGCGUAGCUAAGUUCGGACCACUUCCUUCAAAAUGGCAUAUGACAUCUCCUAAGCUUCCUUGUGUGAAUAAUACAGCUGAUUGGAACCUGAAGAUACUUCGGAAUGGCUUGUAUUUAAUUUAUGGUCAAGUAGCUCCAAAUACAACCUACAAGGAACCAGCUCCCUUUGAGGUGCGGCUAUGUAAAAACAAAGACAUCAUACAAACUCUAACAAACAACUCUACAAUUCAAAAUGUAGGAGGGACUUAUGAACUGGAUGCUGGAGAUACGCUUCAUUUGAAAUUCAACGAUGAACAUCAGGUUCUUAAAAAUAAUACCUACUGGGGGAUCUUAUUGCUAACAAAUCCCCAAUUUAUCUCCUAGAGACUCAAUUUGGUCUCCUCAUCAUCUUUAGCACAUGCAGAGAGGCUGAUGGGUGGGUUGAGGGAGGCAGAUUUUCAACACACACAGUUUGCCUGCGUGCACAAAUCAGCAUAAACAGAACUCUUGUCUGCAUGUGAGUUUUCAUCUCUCAAGCUUAACUGAAGACAGGCCAGAGACAUUUGAUUACCCCCGACAUUGGGUUGACAAAAACACUUUACUAAUCCAUGAUAAAGGACUAUGAGUAGCUCGAGGACAGAAG